AUGUCAGCACGAAAACAUGACCUCCACGACCUGCCAAGCGACGACGAGUCGGACAACGCUAAGGGCUACGACUCUGAAGAGAAUGCGCCAGAAACAAAAGGCCGCGCCGUGAAGCGCAGAAGAACAGCAGAGAAGAAUGACUUCUUCGGUCUAGAAAGCGAGCAGGAGGACUCCGAGGACGAACUCGAGGAAGACGAGUCCCGAUCAAAGAUUAAAAGCAAGAAGGGCCGCAAAUCAGACAAUACUCCAGGCGACGACGCAAUUACAGAAGGUGACGAAGAGAACGAUUCCGAUAUCAAGGCUCUCGGUGAAAGCGACACAUACCUCGAUACAACAAAGUCAAAAACACCCUCUAUCAAGCCCCUCAAAGCGCCUAAGAAACCGAAAAAGCUCGGCGUUAUCUAUCUCAGCUCGUUACCACCGUAUAUGAAGCCCAUGGCGCUGAAAAAUAAGAUUGAAAGCUAUGGCUUUGCUCCUGUAUCGAAGGUCUUCUUAUCACCGCUUAUUACCAACAAGGCUACGAAGCAGGCGAAGUCGAAUAAGCGUAAGCUUUUUGGAGAAGGAUGGAUUGAGCUUCCGAAGAAGCAGGCGAAGAUUUGUGCUGAGACGAUGAAUGCCAAUAUUGUGGGCGGUAAAAAGGGUGGAUACUACCAUGAUGAUGUCUGGGUGAUGAAGUACUUGAAGGGAUUCACAUGGGCAAAUUUGACAGAUCAGAUCAAUAAUGAGCGCCACACGAGGGACGCACGCCAACGGGCAGAGGAUGCUAGGGCCCGAAGGGAAGAAAAGGUGUUUGUGGAGGGUGUUGAGUCUGGCCGAGUCGCUGAUGGUAUGGCGAAGAAGAAUGAGGAGAAGCGGAAGCGGAAAUUGGAGGCCUUAGGACAAGAUUCGGAAGCAAAGGAAGUCAAGCCAGCUGCUGUACGGAGACGCUUUGUGCAGAAUGAUGUUGUCCAGGCGAAGAAAGAGAAUACUUUUGGAGAUGAUGCGAAGAGGGUGUUGGGCAAGAUCUUUUGA